AUGUCUACCCUCAUUCUAUUUCAGAGCUUGCUCACGUAUCUAUGGAUCUUAAUGGUAAUUUCAAUAUCCCCUAGGCUUGGCAGGAUGUCAAGUGUUUUGGAAGUGCCAGAGAUUCUUGAGAUCGUACUCUCAAACCUCGACCCACUAACACUCCUCUUCGCUAGCCGUGUUAAUCGCACAUUCAAAGAUAUUAUCUCCUCCUCAUCAACGCUUCAGUACCUUUUAUUUUUUCGAUCUAGUCGGCCUUCCCGAGACAAGUAUUGGCCUGAUCGGAAAGGACCCCACCGACUGGAAAAAUUUGAGCUAAACCCUCUUCUUGUCUCCGCCUUUCCGCUCUUCUUUCCUACCACCAACCUGGAUAGCUGCGAUCCUUCAAUCUGUUGCUCAAUAGGCGAUGAAACUUACAUGGAAACAACACGUCAUCUUCUAAGAGAGAACUUUGGACUGUUACCUUGGAAUCAGAGCCUCAAGAAAAUUAACGCCUUCAGACGGGCACAAGCAAGUUGGCGUAAAAUGUUGCUCACUCGAUCCGCAUCAUUUUACCUGAUUGUUGGUGGGAUAUCUACUCACAGUUCUAAAUUUUCCAAAGAAAUAAGCCUUGGUCAUGACAUGAAGAUGGGAUUCUUGUGGGAUCUAGUUUUUGAGCUGGUCAUUGACAAAAAGUAUCAUGGGCAUAGUUUGAUCAUACAAUGGCCACAAACAAGAUUUUCGCUCAAACAACAGCCUUUUCUAGACAGAAAGAGUUUGGAGACUUCACACGAAAAUUUGCUUCGGGACAUAACAGUCAACGUUCUCGCUAUCGUUGGAAGUUCAACCUCCUUGAGUUCAGAAAACUUGCUCCAACUCAGAAGUGAAGCGGCUACUGGUAGCCUAGCAGCUUAUUUAAAUCUCACUUAG